AUGUGCUCGAAGUUUGGUGUCUUGUUUUUACUCCUAGCAGGACUGGCUCUUGCAAGAGAUAUUCCACAGGUACCAGUGCAGACACCCACGUCGCCUACACUAGCACCAGCGAGCGCAAUCACCCCCGCUCCACUUGCACACGAAGAUAUUUUCAAAAGAGCGAUCGGCACAUGUGGUUUUAUUCGUGGUGACUCUGCGUCGCCUAUAACCUGCGGAGCAGGAUACAACUGCGUCACAACCGUCAGAGCUCAAUACGCAUUCGCAUGUUGCAAUAAUGUAGAAUGCAUAGACGAUUGGAGCGUUUGUCGUCCAUUUGGUCAAACAGACUGCAUGGGCAACAACCUUCCCGACGAUACCUGUUCACGGAUCUAUGGAUCGAUACUCCAAUGUUCGGAAGCAGCGCCCUAUUGCGUUACCUACGCGCGUAGUUCUACUCUCAGUGACUCGACCACUUUUUUCUCGUUGACGUGCGGGACAACAUCGGAAGACGUUCUUAUCCUUGCGACAGUAACGAAUGGCGCAAAGCAGACUGCAUCUGGCAAACCCGCCCAGGAAACCGAGAGUGCAGAUCCCCUUGCAGGCUUCCCAUCAAUCCCAGGUUUGUCGCCAACUGGAACGUCGACUCGCAACACCCCUGCGCCCACCGACUCAAGUUCAAGCGGAUCCGCACUGAGUACGAGGUCGAUUGUUAUAAUCUCUGUGGUUGGCGCUGUGGUACUUCUACUAGCGCUGGGAGUCGGAUGGUGUUGUUGGUGCAAGAGGAUAAAGGAAUGGUGGCGCAACAGGAGACAUGGCAAUGGACGUAUCAUUGAUCCGGCCAGAAUACCCCAAGCCCAGUAUCAACCCACGAAUUACCAGCCCUCGAAUUACCAGCCCACUAAUGGUCAGCCCACUGAUCCGAGGAUACAAGCGUGGAGGAAUGAGACACCGCUUGGCGCGAGUCCUAAUGUGGCUCCGUCUGUGAAUGGAAGUGUUUAUGGUGGAAGAAGUGUGAAUGGGGCGGCACCGAGGCCGAUGAUGACUGUGCAUGAGCGGUAA